AGACACGUCUGCGUCGGCGAAGGACGAAGGUCGGUGUACUCGGGGGGGUGAACAGUUUUUCAAAUUGAGUUGAUUUUCAGUCAGUAGUCAGUCGUGUCCAACGAUUCGUGGAGUGAACGUCGCGCGGCGCCUUUGCUCACUGACUCAGACGAGUCGAGCUCAGCGUUGAGUCCUCGUCGUUGGAUUUCGUUGGAUUUUCCAGGUGCCGUGAGAUUAUCAAAGGCCUAGGCGUUUUGCCUCUCGCACAAAACGUUCACGAUCGAACGAGCCGAGAUUCUAUGUUUAUAUAUAACUACACGCACUUACAUACAUCCGUAUAUAUGUAUCAAUUUUUUUUUAUUCACAUUUUUAUUGCUAUUAACCGAUAAAUUAAGAUCGACGUAGGGAAAUUAAGGGAAAGAGAGAGAAAAAAGAAGAAGAAGAAGAACUAGUGAUAACAGAAGUACGGAUAAUUACCUAUCGGAAAAAUGUGUGCUCUGCGUGGUGUGUUUGUGAUUAUUAUAUUGUGUGCGUGCCCGGGUGAUGUGUUUUCGCGAACAACCAGCAGAACUGCCUGCGAGACAGUUAAACCCUUUUUCGAUGGUAAAAAUAUCUCCAUUGAGUAUACGGAGGACGAGGAGCCUUCGAAAACUACGUGUGGCGGGUCUUGCUGCAGUUCUGAUAUGGAGCACCGAAUUCGGAACCAGGCGAAAAGUGAUUUCCAAAAUUUGAUGCAUCAUCACAGCCGGACUCUCCAAGGUCUCCUGGCAUCUACAGCAGACGCUAUAAGGGACACCGUAACAGUGCUGGUCAGGCAUUCCGAGAACAGAACUUUGACCCUCUUCAAUCAAGUUUAUCGCUCAAUGGCUGUGGAAACGUAUCCGUCUGUGAAGAGCCUGUAUCGGGAUAUAGUGAACUACGUUGCACCCGAGAACACACCGGACUCCCUGCAGCAGCCUCGGACACGUGAUAUGCUGUACCUCAGCUUCCUCAACUUUUUCGAGGAAUUGUUCCCCACUGCUUUCCAUCGGGCAGUGGAUCCCCUCAAGCAGGAUUUCUCCAAGGAUUUCAAAUCCUGCCUCAGAGAUGCCGUCGACACCAUCAAACCGUUCGGCGAAAUCCCUAGGGAGAUCUCACAGUCCGUCGUAAAGAGCCUCGAGGCUACCAGGGUACUGAUCCAAGCCUUAACACUCGGGAAAACUGUCCUGGACAAAACCGACGGAGCCCUUUUCGCCUCUCAGACACCUCAGCAAACCGCCUGCUUCGAAGCUCUCCAGAGGAUGACCUACUGCUCAAAAUGUCACGGUAUCGCCGGCGACAUCAGGCCUUGCUCUGCGCUUUGCAUAAACGUUAUCAGGGGUUGCCUGAUCGAGCCAGCGUCCCAAUUCGACAUGGCUUGGUCGGGAUACGUCGAGUCUGUCGAACGACUCGUAAUAGCCAUCGACGGGCGUAACAAUCCUCUGGGUCUGAACGUGGAAAGCGCAAUCAGGCAACUGGACACGCGUAUUUCGGAUGCUAUCAUGCAUGCCAUGGAGAAUGGUCCAGAGCUGAAGGAGAAGGUCCGCGCUGCGUGCGAUCGUACAAAGCUGGUUGAUUUCGUCCCGUCGAACACAACGACGAUGGAUCCCGUUGCAUCUUACAAAGUACCAGCAGGACUGCGUCUGGGUAACUUUUUGGCCAGCGUAGGAAGAUCCCGUAGCUUUUAUGGUACCUUGGCCGACACCAUCUGCGAGGAUUACCCGGACAAACAUUGCUGGAACGGAGACCGUGUCGGCGACUAUAUGAAAACGAUCGUCGACUCUAGUUUGACGGCGCAGAAAUACAAUCCUGAACUUCCUCUAUUGGCAGCAAGUUCACCGCAAUCUCUCUACGACAAUGCGAAUACGAGUGAGCUAAUCGAUCAAUUGCGACAUAUUAAUCAGAUAGUCCAAUCACAAUUGGCGUCGACACCGGAUACCGGUGCACUUCUCAGUGACGGAACCUUCGAUGGAUCUGGAAGCGGAGCUGGAUCAGAUAGCGAUGACGAGAGUGACGGGUACGAAGCUUCCGGAUCGGGCGAGGGAUCCAACACGAACUACUCAUCGAGCGACAACGGAGAUGUAAGGACUGCGAUCGAUGAUGGAGUAGAAAGUGCCGCAGCGGUCCAUCAUAAAAUGUCGUCAGCCUUUCUUCUUUGUUCUGUUAUUCUCGUUACACGUUUUUCAAUCUUUGCUUAAAAUGCUACAUCCUCGUCGGAUCACUCGGCGAAUCUUGAUAAAUGUGAUAAAAAAAGUUCGGGUGAAGGAAGAGGUAGAGAGUGAGAGUAAGACAGAGCAAGGGGAAAUAAGCGUAGGAAAAUGGUCAAAUUUUGACUACCUCUCUUUGGCGGACUCUGGGCGAAAAGGACUGUGGAAAAGUUUUAUCCUUUCGGCUUGGAAAUAGGUGAAUGUUUCCUUUCUUUUUAGGUUUCCAAUGAUUUUUUUUUUUUUUUUUUUUUUUUUUUUCACUUUAAUUCCUGAGUUUCUACUCAGAUCGGAACUGAACGUAAGACUGCCUUUGAAACCAGUAAUUUAUUUCUUGAAACUCAUUUCUACCAUUACAUUUCCUCGAGCUGACCAAACUGGUAAAUCACUAUCCCAAUUACAAUGAUUAACGUUAAUAAUGAGCAAUAAUAACGGUUAAAAUACAUUGCAGAAAAAAAUUAUGGCUAUGCUUUAGUCUAGGAGCAUAUCAAUUACGUCAUGCUGCCAAAACGCAUUUAGACUUGUCAAUUAGUUUACAGCCAAGGCCAACACUUGCCGGCAUUUACUAUUCAACGUUUCGGGGAAAAUUGUCGGAAUCGCGCCACUAUCAUAUUUUACGAUAAAUCACCACAUACAACUGAUAUCUGCCGGAUUUUUUGCGGAACAUACAACGCUUCUGCUAUGUAUUAUUAUUCAUUUCGCGAUCGUCAGGCGUAUCGUUUUACGCAUAUAAAUUACUAUUCUGGGAAAGCUGUGUGCAUUGACGUAAAUUUCGGCGAGGCGUUCGUUUUCCGUUGAGCUUCAUCAGCCAAUUGACUGUAACGCAAUUUGAAUAGAUCUAUUUUUAUAACGAAAGUUUGCAAUGUGCUUUUUCCUCAUACAUGCGUACAAAUCUAAAUUUCAUUUAAACAAUAUGUAUUUAUUUAUUCAAUACGUUUGCGUGGAAAAAAGAUUUCGGAUAUAGGUAUGCAGGAAGAAUGGAAGUUACGGAUAAGAUGGAGACCGGCUAAGAAACCAUUGGAAGACAAAAAACGGGCAUAGGGUAAAAUAGUUCUGAAGGAAUAUAGCGAGUACUAGGAAAGAAGCGAUUGUAACGUCGCCAUUGAUCGAUAUAUAUGAAAUUUCAACUCGUUACCGUAUUCGAAAUGUUAUUCCAGCCCUCUUGCCGCAAAUUCGUACAAGAUUGUAAGACAAUAAUGUCAUCCGAAGUGAGAUAUCAAAGUAGGAAAACCGAUAAAAUGAUUGCUACGUGCGUCGCAGGUGUUCCACGUAGCCUAUAGUUUGCCGCUAUCGAAGGAAUAGCGAAAAGGACAGAUUUUCAAAAUUCACAGUAUAGAUAGAAAAGUAGAAUAAAAACGGAUGUAAUGUUGUCAAAAUCACAAGCAUUACACGACGAUCAUUGAAUAAUCUAUUAACCAGUCGAACAUUACUGAAUUUAAUUAUCAAUUUAGUAAAAUAAUUUAGUCCGAAUCCUUGCCGAGCCUUGCUUGGUUUCUUUCUGUCAUGUGUAAAUUUUUCCGAUUGUGCACGAGAAUUUUUACCAAUUGUUAUUUUGUAAGCUUUAACUUGAGUUUAUGUGAGGGUUAGUGCCUUUUGAAUACCUAUUGCCAAUACGAUAUUAUGCUUACACGACAUACCUAUUAUUAUGACUUUGUACAGAGCAAUGAAUUGUUGCUAAAUACGUGUGCGUGCGAUUUUCUACACAUAUUUUUGCUUUUCUUUUUCACCUGCCAGUUGCAGUUAUCGCGUCAUUUUUCAAUCUUAUUUCCUUUCAUCUGCCAGAUGCUACUAACUCUUGUAAAAUAACAUUCUUGGGCAUGUCGAAGUUUGCAUCCUUUGAACAUUCCUGACAAUGAAGUAUUGAAAAUUGAUGAA